AUGGCACGAGCCGAUUCAGGGUAUAUAAGUCAACGUGAUUCUAUGCACAGUAGUAGAACGAGAUUUUCUUCCUACUCCGACUCGAGUGCACUGGAUGAUUAUAGUUCUUAUCCGGAGAUCCCAGCUACUCCGUUAUACCACCCUCCUCCUUUUCUUCAGUCUUCUGUUGAUUUACAGCAGGGACAAUAUCCUACAUCUCGAAACAGUUCCCGAAGAAGCUCUAAUUCACAGAAUGACCCCUCCUCUCUAUCAAUAUCACCAGGAUUGCAGCCAUACUCGUCUUAUUCAUUUUCACAGUCCUCUCAUUUAGAUCCUAACCAAAUAUUAUCAACGACUCCGAGUUCAACACCGUCUCACUCACCUUCACCCUCGAUUUCACAUAAUUAUUAUCAUACGAGAAAUUAUUCCUCGACAGAUCGUCUAACCACUUCAGAAUCCUAUUACCUGAACAAUAAUAGUAGUAAUCCAAUAAUUAGUUCUAAUCGAUCUUCUAUAUCUUCAUCGCUGACCAGAACAGAACAGCAAUCAAGAGGAGAAGAAAAAGGGAAUUUACAUCAUUCAAAAUCAGGUUCACCGUCUCAUCAUUCAUCACGCUCUGGAAGUGUCGAAGAUGCUACUUUUGAUUUUAAUGCUGCUUAUGAUGUAAUUGAUGAACUUUUUGAUACUUAUCUUGAUGACGAUAGUAGCAUUCAUUCACCGAUAGAACAAAAUAUUCCUAAUAAUUUUGAUGAUUCUCAUAGAGAAUUAGACAUAAUACAAUGCAAAUUAGAACAAGAAUCAGAAAAUCAACAAAUGGAUGAAGAAUCUUCGAAAUAUUCGAGACCACGUUCUCAAAAUCGUCAACGCAGAAUUGAUGGACGAUUCUCACAACCUCCUAAUUUUUCACAUUUCCAAGAAGCUUCAAAUGAGUCACUUGACCUAGUUUCAUCCACGACAGAAAAGUCUCCUGAACAAAUAGCAUUAGAAGCUGCUGCUGCGAGAAACAGGAAACGUGAGGCUGCUGUCAAAGAAAUUAUUACAACUGAACGAACCUAUGUAGAUAGCCUUAGAAAAUUAGUCAAUUAUUUCCUUGUCCCUUUAAAGGAAAAUUAUCAGAAAUCCAUAUCUAAAAAUAUGAUCCUUUCGACUAAACCAAUGGCAACCAUGGAAGAUAUUUCAGCUUUGUUUGGCAAUGUCGAACAAAUACUUUCUCUGCAUGAACAGCUACUCAAGCAACUAGAAGAGAGAUAUGCUAAUUGGAGCCCUAUAGAGCUUAUUAGCGGUAUUUUUUUACAAAUUGCACCAUACUUAAAAAUGUACACCACGUAUUUAAAGAGCUUCCCACAAGCAAUAGCAACAAUGGAGCGACUGAAAAAAGAAAGUCAGUCGUUCAAGAAAUUUUUAAUACAUUGUUCAGAUAAACCAGCACUCAACGGCCUGCAAAUGAAUUCAUUCUUAAUUAUGCCAAUUCAACGUAUCCCACGAUAUAAGCUUCUAUUAGAAGCGCUAUUAAAAUACACACAUGAAUCUCAUCCCGACUAUGCCUCUUUGACAAAAUGUGUUCAACAGAUAACAGUCAUUGCGGAUGACGUGAAUGAAAAGAUAAGAGAUGCUGAGAAUCAACAAAAGGUUAUUGAAAUUCAGGGACAAGUUGAAGGACUGCCAUCCGCAAUUGUGAAACCGGCACGUCGCUUCAUUUUCCGAGGGGAUUUAUACAAAGUAUUGCCUCGGCCCCAAAAAAUCAAAUUACGUCAUUCAUAUACAAGUCAAAUUGAUUUGGCUUUUGCUACACUAAAGGAUAUUAAGGAUGGCCAAGCAGAUAAACCAUUCUGUUUUCAGAUAAGCACUCAGACGCAAGAUGGAGCUAAAGCAAAUCAUACAGUUCGAGCCAAGAGUGAACAAGAAAAAAGUGAAUGGAUGACAAGGAUUUCCGAUGCAAUUUCUGCAUUGCAGAAUGGAAUUAGAAUGUCGUAUAAUAACGUGGGUGGACAACAUUUGAGACCUAUUCCUCAAUUAAAUUUUUCGGUCUCUGGAUCCAAACGACAAACACAGCCUCACCCACACCGUUCCGUUGUAGAUCCGCUUUUCUAUUCACCAAAAGUACCUUCAGAUAAAUCCGCUAAAUCGAAAAAAGAAAAGGACAAAAACAACCGUAAUUCCGCUCCAACAGUAUCAGCAGACAAAAAAAAUCGAGAAACAUUGUCAUUUGAUGAGAUACAGGAAAUGGAGUUCGCCUUUGUAUAA